AUGCUUGCCCUCAGGAAGCAGUCAGCCCAAGUCGCUGGUCAUGCUGCUUGCGCGGUCGAUGGCUGGCUUGACCUUACUAAACUGGUCGCGGGCAGCAGCGGCAGCAAGACGCCCUAUGAGGAGUUCGCGUCUGCCAUUGGCCGUGAUGUGUAUGUGGAUAUCGCCGGCUGGCACCUAUACCUGCGGGACAUGGGGACGGGCAUCUCCGGCAGCAGCCUGAAAAUGAGUCAGGCUCUAGCACAGCAGCUGGGGCCGCAGCUGAGCCGGGGCUUAAGGGAGUCAGACGUUGAGGUGCUUUUGAAGAAGAUUCCCGUAAAGUUGGGGGCAGGAAAACUCAAGGCAUCCCUGUACGACGUCAUGCCGUCCAUGUGUGUUGGAGACCUUGUGCGACUUUGUGAGGAGUACGCUCGGCGAUGA